AUGUCUCUCUGUGUCGCAUGUAACAAGCCCCUGGUAGUCGAGAUCGAGGCGGACGAUGAGGAGCAGUACGAGAUGGCCGGCUCUUCGUCAGGAAAAGCUCCAGCAACAGAGCCGGAAACUGUCCCAGAUGACGUACAGCUGAACUGUGGAUGCCACUUUCACUGGAACUGCCUCUUAGAAGCGUACCACGUCACCGAAUGUCCCAACUGCGGCAAGAACAUUGCGUCCACUCCAGCAAGCGGCGAACAGCAGGUUCUCUGCAACCUCAACAACGAGGGAGGUCUGCAAGAGAACCUUGACCUCUUGCCCUUGCUCAUCGAAGAAAGCUACCUCAAAGCAUACCCCGAGGACCGCAAAUGCCGUGCAUUCCUCGAAUUCUGCCGUGAGGGCGACUACAAGGCCAUCGUUGGCAUGCUGCAGGACGAUGAGGUGGAGGAGAACGAUGAAGACGAGGAUGAGGACGAGGACGAGGAGAUGGCUGAUGAUGGCCAGCCUCAGAAGGAUAUUGGGAUUGACCGACUGCUGAGAUACCAGGACCCGAUUGGCAAGUUGCAGUCAGGGUUGCACGCUGCUGUCCAGGCUCAGAGCAGGGAAGUCGCGUGGCUGCUGUUGCUAUUGGCGAGUAAUCUCGAUCUGAUGGAGUUCCCGCCCUUGGUCUUCCAGGAAGCAGCAUCGAUGGGUAUCAUGAGGGGACUUACAGAGGAUAAGGUGGACAUCAGAAGUCUUAAGGAUGCGAAUGGCAAGUCUGCGGAGGACUACGCCACCGAGAUCGGCGGUGUCUGGAUCGGCUGGACUGGCAAUGGAAGGCUGGCGAUCUGA